AUGCCUCCCAGGCUCGUACUGCACGAUGGGCGAGCUGAAAGCGAUGCCGAUGUGAGUGGAUGUGUUCGGCAGCUCCUGAAUGCUGCAAGCAUCGACGUGGCACAGGCCAUUGUCUUCUGCGGGCUUCCGGUGCUGGUGCACCCUCUCCUAAGAAGCGUUUUCUUCGACGAUUCGCUGGAGGAGGCCAUGCAGCAGGUGGAGGGGAGGAUUGGCCAAGUCUCUCCAGCCAAACUUCUGCAGGAGCUCGAAGACACCGAGCCGAGCAUCCUUUCACGUGGCAAGGAGCUCUCUGAAGGAAAGCUGGCUCAGGAGGUCUUGCAAUGGGAUGGGUGGCGCGGACAGGUGGCGGCACGACUGGAGCUGAUCGAAAAGCAAGUGGCCCUCUCGAUACUUGGACUUGGCCAGUCGGCCGACAGCACAUCCAUCACCAAGGCUUUCAAGAGACGAGCCGUGGAGCUACAUCCAGACAAAGGAGGCGACCUAGAGGAGUUUCAGCUCCUCCAGCAGAUGAAAGAUGUGCUGCUGGGCGCGAAGAUGCCAGCCAUGAAGCAAAAUGCUAACGGUGUCGGUGGGGCGCCAAAAGACGACGUCAAAGAAACGUCUGGCGGCUCCGAAGACACUGACGACGAGAUCGACAAGUUGCUUGGGAAUCGAGGUGCAGAGGGCGAGCCUGCCCCAAGCCGCGCAAGCCGCAAAGCCGAGCUUCAGGCGAGCCGCGUGAAGCUGCACCAAGCUGUCACCCUGGCCUGGUCUCGCUGUGGAAGGCUUUGCUCGCAGCUGUCCAGCUACAAACAGGAAGGUCAAGGCCAGCAUCGUGAAAUUCUGGCAUCAUUGGAAGAGUUCCUGGUCGGGCUCGAGGAGAGUGACGAUGAUCUUCGGUUCGCACCCGAUGGCACGCGCUUGGGCCUGCUGGUGGUGCGAGGUGCAGAGUGCUUGAGCGCGGCCGCUGUGGUGGAUCCUGAGGCAACUGUUGCCAUGCUGAUGAACAGCCGCCAUAUGCUGGAGAUCGAGAAGCACGGAAGAUGGCCUCUACUGACGAAAGCCAUGCACCAGCUCCCGUCGCAGGUGGACGCUUUCCUCACUGCAACCCGCCGACUCGGCCUUCCAGGUGCCGCCACGGCGAAGUCUGCAGCACAGGCUGAGUCCGGCAGCUUGGUCAAAGCUUCAGAGGGAGACUCCGACAUCUGUGCUUCUGUUGCCCAGGAUGUGUUUGCACCAAGUGCCUGCGCCGUCGAUGGGGCUUCCAGAAAUCAGCGUCGCGCGGCAUCAAUGAGGGAUACAGAGGAUGUUAGCAGCAAGGUGGAGGGGGCACUCGGACGCACUUACGAGAUCUUCGUGCUGGAUGCUGGCCGCCGAGGCCUGCAUCCCGUGAACUCAGACUUCACACGAUUUUUCACACACGUCACACGCGAUGAGCAGGUGGAGCGUGGAGGAGCCGAAGCGAUCGGCAGCCGUCCACGGUUCCAGUCGCCAUAUGCCCUUGAGUACUUUGGUGCAGGCGCAGAAGAAGAUAACGAGGAUGAGGACUGCAUCGAUUACGGCCAGUACACGCUGCCGGAGGAUACUAUCUUUGAAGAGGAGUUCAUCCGACCAUCGCAGGCCCGGCGACGCGCGUACAAGGAGUAUGUCGUGGACAACUCGGACCUUCAAGCGGAUGCUCCAGGGGUGGCUUUCCGAUUUAGCCGGCAGCUGAACGACAGAGAUGACGUGCGGCCUGUGGCACAGUGGGGGUGCAUCGUCACGGGGGAGGACACCGGAGAUGGAUGGGUACAGAUCGGAGACCGGUUCCUGCCCAAGGAGGUGGGUGGGAAGAAGGUUUUGCUCGAGCGAGCGCAGUCGAAGUUUCGAGCAGAAGAUCGUCUAGAUGAUUUAGACGACCUAGAUGAGGACGAAGCUGCAGAAGAGUCGGCCGAGCCUUGGAAGGGCACAGAUGACGGAGGGAAGCGGCGCGAGACUCCCGAGCAGCGGCGGCAGCGCCUGCGACAAGCGGAGCAGCUGAGAGCCCAAGACAAGGAGCACGAGGAGCACGAGCAGCGAAGCCGUGAACUUCUCCGAAAACACAAGAUGCUGCUGCAUGAGCCAGACAUGACGCACUACACAGUCCUUGGCCUGGCAAGGAACGCCACACCCGAAGACAUCGAGCGGGCGUACAGAGCGCUUUCCAGCCGGUACCAUCCAGACAAGGCCGUGCAGGCUGAUCGAGCCAUGCGUGCUUCGAUGGAGCGGUCCAUGGUACAACUCAACGAAGCUUUCGCCGUGCUUUCGAAUCCGAAGCAUCGAUGGAACUACGACCGAACACUGCCGCCUGUGGAGGAGAAGGUGGAGAUCACGGAUCACCUCCGAUUUGCGGGAGCUCAGCCGGGUCGAGACAUCCCAGACGGUACUGAUGCUGACUUUGACUUCUCCGGUGAGGGCAGGCCCUUCCGCUUUUGCCGCGGAAAGGCAGCCCGCGUGGCCAAGAUCUGUGGAAGUCGGGACAAGGUGCGAAUCGCAAUGCACCAGCUCGUUGGCAAGGUCCCCAUGGAGCUUGCCGACUGUGGAGGGGUCAUCCGGCACGUCGGGCCGAUGACGCCGUUCGGUGGAUUGGGCGAGUGUGGCCAUUCGAGCUGCAUGGCCCAUCGCCUCCGAUAUCCGGAGGUUCGUACCGGCUUCCGAGACUUCGUUGUCACGAGCGUACGGGACGCGGUCCGUACGAAGACGGAGUGGUGGGGACCAGAAGGCCUGCGCUACGCAUCCCUGGGUUGCGGCGAACUCCUUUUUGAUCUGGAGCUGUUGGAAAGGCUCCGGGAGGAGGCAGGCGUGCAGAUCGCGCAGAUCUGCCUGAUUGAUAUUGGUUAUCGGCAGCCCAGCUUGCCAACGCGGCGGGCCCUGCGAGAGUUCGCAGACUGGCAGCGCGCCAGUGCGCAGAUGAGGCGGGCACAGCCCUGUGAGAUCUUAGUCUUCGGGCACCUGGCCGACUAUUCCGAGGCAUCGGCAAAAGGAGGACGUGCUUCCAACUGCCAUGUCUUCGUCCAGUGCGACACGCAUUGGAAUGGUUGCUCUGGCGACUGCAGUCGCCUGGCGAGUCGUGCGCUAUGCAAGGAUGGCCUGUUGGCACGCCUAGCAGAGGGUCCAGAUGCCUUGCAUGCGGAGCUUCCGAAAGGCGUGCUGGUGAGCCCCUUCCAGGGUGAUCUGGAAGCACCACAGGAACUGGAGACCUUGGGAGGUUUGGAGGGUGGCCUCGACAGUGACCAGUCUCGCGUCAUAAGCAUCGCCUGCGCGGGUGGCUUGCACGUGGGCGAGCCCUUCUUCUCGGCCGCGUGGACGCUUGUAGAGUGGCCGCCGGAGUUCUUCAAGACUCCUUCAUUGCAGCCUAAAGAGCACCCCCUGCUCAGCCGGCGAGAAGACCUCUCUCGCGCAAGGCAAAUUGCCAAGGAGCAUGGCCUCUCCGUGUGGCGUGUCGUCUACAAGCCGAGGAUUGCGGUGCGUGCUGCACCCGACCCGCAGGCUCCUAUUGUGGACCUCUUCUACGCAGGAGACGAACUGCUCGCCGUGCCGGGCGACACGCAAGGCCCAUGGCUUCGGCUUGCGAAGGCCAGUUGGCCCAACCCGACGGAUGCACCGGAGGAGGUGAGAAGCUGUUGCCCACAAUACCGCUUUCUGUUUUUGGUUCGGUAA